AUGCGUCGUCCGUCUUCAAAUGCAACAUUCACUUCGGAUGUUUUGAGAAAACCCGUUCAGAUAACUGCAGACCCUCGAGUCUAUAAAGGAUCUGUUUUUGCGAAUCGAAGAUUGGCUCAUGAUAGAGUAAAACAAGUUGAAUUAAAAGAGAAAAAAUAUCGAGUUGGAGUGAUUCGAGAACAGCUGAAUACGAUUCUGCCACGUGUUCCUGUACCUAGAAAAUCGAACCCGCCAUCCUCGCUUCUCCCAGCUUUAUCCUCAAAAACACGGUUCACAUCAACAUAUCUACCUGAAAUAUCUUCAAGAAAUGGUUCAGCUCUUUGUGUUUCAAUUGACAAAACCCGUGGAUCAAAAUCGUUUGCUGCUGCCAAAUUUAUGCCUGUUCCCAGUACAAAACCUGGUAAUACUAGUAUGGUAUCGAACCAUACUUUUAAUAUAAAAAAUCGGUUCCAGGAACAACCCAACAACUCGCCAAAGACUCUAGUCAGUUCCCAGUCAAAGUUGUUGUCAACUUUGAACAAGCUCCAGCACCUGAUCUUUAUGGAAAAACUUCGAUUCGAAGACAUAGUAAAUACGGGGUCCAAUCACAAACUGCAACUCCUCCAUCGUCUUCAAGGCCAGUGUAUCCAAUUGUGGACAGUGGAGUUCAAACGGAUGAUUUUCGAUCAACAAUUUGAAGAUUUGGUUAAGGAGUUAGCCAACUCUGCAAUUGAGAUGGCGACUAUUAAUCUAGAGGCCGAGAACACUAUAAACUCAAUGCGGAAGACUGCGGAAGCGACGGAGCAUGAGCUUCGGGCGGUCGCGCGGAAACAGAAUAUAGAGUCGGCUGAAUGGAAGAGAAAAAUGGAUGAAAAGGACAACGAACUAGAAACUUGGAAACAGCAAGAAGCAGAUGCACGAGAAGCUCAAUUGUUAGCGCAAGCGACUUAUGAGGAAAUAACGCGAAGAACUCUAAACAAUUUGCAAAUAAUGGAGAGAAACUCAAAGCGAUCGAUUGGGUUAGACACUAGAGAUAUAGUGGCAACGAAGGAAAAACUAGUAAUACUUUACGGUCCAAUCAAAGAAAUUAUCGCCAAGAAAGAGUAA